AAAAAAAGAAAAAGAAAAAAAAUUUUAAACUCUGCCUCUUCUGUUUUCUACAAGCAAAUUUACAGACAGAGAAAGAGAAAAGAGAAGAUUUGGAUUUCAGAUUUUUCUUUCCGGAUUAGGUAAAACUCGAUGAGGUGUUUGAGAAUAGGUGAAGAAGCGGUGGUGAUGAGUAGAAGAAGCUCUGAGGAAGAGGUUAUGGAGGUGGGGAAAGGAGAGAAACGACGGCGUAUUAUUGAUAGGAAGAGAAACGAAGAAGAGAGAGAAAAUGUUGUUGGAUCAGAGGAGUAUCUUCCAAGGAUGCUGCUUAGGGUUUUGUUGGUUGAAGACGACGAUUCCACGCGUCAGAUUGUCUCUGCCCUUCUUCGGAAAUGCGGUUACACAGUUUCUGCAGUAUCUGAUGGAUUAAAAGCAUGGGAGACUUUAAAGGAGAAGGCUCGAAACAUAGACCUUAUUCUGACUGAAGUGGAGUUGCCACUAAUAUCCGGAUUUGCGCUUCUUUCUUUAGUAAUGGAACAUGAAGUUUGCAAAAACAUACCCGUCAUAAUGAUGUCCUCUCAAGAUUCAAUUAGCAUGGUUUUCAAAUGCAUGUUACAAGGAGCAGCUGACUAUCUGAUCAAGCCUCUUAGGACAAAUGAGCUAAGGAACCUUUGGCAGCACGCAUGGAGAAAGCACAAUUUGCUUCACAGACAGGUGCACUCAACUGCUCCGCCGCAGAAAGCGGAGCCUGCUUAUGAAAAGAUUGCGGCAAGCAAUCCUUCGUGUGAUUACGAGGCUUCUUCCCAGAACACUAAGGAAUGCAGUGAGAAAGGGAGUGUUGCCCAAAGCUCUUGUACAACGCCUUACUUGGAAGCUGAGAGUGAGCAAGUCCAAAAUAUGCAGGACAUUUCACAGAUAAAGUGUGGGAGUGCUUCUAAUUUGAGUAAAAACAACGUGGAGAGGCAUGAAAAAUGUGCUAAAUUGAGUGAAGAAUUGGUUAUAGAUGCCAGUGAGACAGGAGGAAAUUCAAACCUAUUUAAACCAGAGGUUGUAUCCUUCAAUAGAGCUUUUGAGUCCACUGUUUUGAGCUUAAAAGAAGACCACAUUCGUAUUGAGAGACUGCGAGAUGAAAGUGUCCAACCAGAAAGUUUUGAAGCUAGUAAUGCCAACAUUACUGCUGAGAGUCAGAGCUGCUGUGAUGAGCUGGUUAAUCCAUCUACUGGAGCUAUUGACUUGAUUGGUACGUUUGAUGUUCGUCCCCGGUGUACUAGUGGUCCCUCCAUUGUUGAUGUUGAUGGCUUUAGCAACUAUGCUCAUGCUCCGCAAUUGGAACUAUCUCUGAGAGGAAUUUGUCCAAAGGGCUCAAAGAGCCAAGGUAGUGAUGAAAGGCCUAAACUGAACCAUUCUAAUGCCUCUGCAUUUUCAUGGUACAAUAACAGUACUACAUUACAAUCCCUUUUCUCAGCACUUCCUGGCAAACGUAUUGAAUCAGAGGAUGGUCCAAAUAAAUCCGAAGAAUCAUUGUUCAAUCAAUCCUCUGACAAUUUCACCGUGGCUUCUCAACAACAUGAUUCUACAACGAGCAACUCUCAUGACAAUAAUUUGGUUGCAGGCAAAUCUGGCCAUACUGGACUAUCUUUUCCAAGCCCUCAGCUCGGACUGAUUCCAGUAAAAGGUCUAAAUCUUGACAAUCUAUGUUCUGGUUAUAGUCAGUUUUUCCCAUCCUUUUUCUAUGUGCAAUCAAGUUCGUCCCCUAUGUGGAGUCCCGUUUCCGAAAGCCAGGGAGACAAGUCCCCCUUUGCUGUGAAUAAUGCCUCAGAUCAUUCUGAUAUUCACUACUCUGAAGAAACUAGUAAUAAUUCUAUUGGUGGCCAAACCAAGGAAACACAGAGCAAUUUGGAGCUUGAGGAGGAUCUGAAACCUAGCUCUCUAGCUGCUUAUGAGAGCAAUGGUGUUGUGGAUCAUGUUAAUAGCUGUGCACAUGGCAGAAGCGAUGAAAGUGCAACUUCUGCUGAGGCAGAUGAGAAGGCCAUUUCUGCUCUACAGAGUCUGAACGACAAUGGUCAUCUUGUUCAGGAGAGGUUUAGAAGUAUGGAUUCUGUCCGAAUCAGCCAGAGGGAAGCAGCUCUAGCCAAGUUCCGAAUGAAACGAAAAGACCGUUGCUAUGAGAAAAAGGUUCGCUACCAAAGCAGGAAACGACUCGCAGAACAAAGGCCGCGAAUAAGAGGACAGUUCGUGCGCCAAUCGGAAACGGAACACCCUCCAAUUGCCAAUGGCUCGUGACAAUCGUUACUUCCCCUUUGCUUUGUGACAUAACAGCUUGUGUUUUAAAAGCUUUUGGUAACUAAUAGCAGGACGGUAGAGUGACUCAAUUACUGCUGAAGAUGAUUGCAGUUGCAGGUGUAUUUCCUUCGGGUGUCUGCGGCAAAAUGACUCGAUCAUUUUUGCAUUUCUUUUUUUGGGCUUGAAAAUGUAGUGCUGCAAUUAUUCGGUGGUAAUUGUUUGAGUAAAAAUCAUAUGUUAAUACGUUUUGGUGGCACCGCAGAUAACCCAAAGUAGCUAGUAGAUUAUUGCUUUGAUUGUAAGAUAAAUAUGUUUUGUGAGCUUCAAAUUGGAUACAAGAGUUGAAUGGUAUCUUAAGAAGCAUAUCAAAAUCUGUUGUUACAAUGUGGCUCCAUUACUUUGCCUUUUAGCUUGGCAGCGACGUGUGUGUAUGUAUAUAGUAUGUAUACGUAUAUAUGUCACGUUACCAAAAUAUUUCUGCCUUUUGAUUAAAUUUUGGAGCAUGUCAUUGAAUUAGGAGA